ACACCACGGAGUUCAGACGUAGGGAACCGAGGGACAGAUAGACAACAGGGUGGCGGCCAUGGUGGUGGAGGGAGGGCAUGGCUUACGUCAAUGUGGCCGAAUGGAACCCUUACCAAGUCUCCGAAUGGCUCAAAGGUCUUGAUGAGGUCAUUUUGCCAUAUGUACGCCACUUUGCCAGUAAUCAGGUAGAUGGCAAGAGAUUGCUGCAGCUGAGUGCAGACACAUUGCCUGCCCUACGAGUCACCAAGGUGGGCCACCAGGAAAUCAUCCUUCAGGCUGUUGAUCUACUCCGAAAUAUUCAUUACCAUCUAAAUCAAGAAAAUGUGCAACACCUGGCACUGCGACUCAGCUCCAAGGCUCGGAGCGUUUGCAGCGAACUCAGGUAUGCUGCGAUUGCUGCAAGGACCGGUGGUGGAAGUGCUGGGGAGGAGGAGGAUGGAGAGGAGGAGGAGGAAGAGGCUGGGCAGCUGAGGGGUAUGAGGAAGAAGCAGGAGAGUGUAUCAACAGCAGUGAUUGGAGGAGUGGCAGAUGUACUUUCAGCUGUUAAGUGUUUGGUGUAUUGGCUCAACAGACAACCAUUUGAAGGUCAAGAGAGAUAUGACAAUAUCAAGAAAAAUCUGGUGGAGUUGAGUAUUGGUCUGGCCACAAUUGCUCAGCGAGACAAGUUUGCAGAGAACCAAGCCAGCCUUAUCCUUCAUAUCUGUGAGAAGUUAGUCACUAAAUCUGACAUUAUCAUUCAGGAAUCAGAUGACCCUCUCAUCAUCCAACCAGCUUCCUUAGAAGUUGCCACAGUCAAGAAGAAAGCAGAUGAUGACUGGGGUUUAAGGUUGCAGCCUUCCUGUCAUGGUGUACAUCAAAUUUCGGGAGUGAUUGCUCUCAGCCCUGCUUAUCAAUGUGGCAAGUUACAAGAAGGUGAUGAGUUGGUACAAGUUAACUAUCAGACAGUGAUUGGCUGGAACCAUCACAGAGUGACUGCAGUGAUGGAGGAAUUUCCUGUGGAAGUGAUUCUGACAGUCAAAAAACGGCCACGCCAUUUCAAUACAGUAGCUCAGAUAAACUACUUUAAGCCCAUGCGUUUGCCUAGUAAGAAGAGAAUAUACUCCCCAUGGGGAUCCAUGGUGUCCUCACCUCACUGUGAUAUCCAGAGUAUCCCUAAUUUGCAGUUGUCUGUGUCAGUGGAUAAAGUAGCCUUGAAGCGAGAAGCAACAAACACAGAGCCAACUCCAAAGUCCACCACACCACCUCCUCCUCAGGCUACCCCAUCUCCUCAACCCCCUUCUUCUAUCAGUGAUGCUGCAAGUACUGCAUCUGAUCAUGAGUCCGAGGAAUUGGACACAGAUGAUGACCCAUACCCACCAGAUGGGGAGAUACUUGGGUCCUCUCCCACAAGCAUGCGACUUUAUCAUCCAAAACCUCGAGUGUCUGUGCAGCGGCGAGCUACUAUUCCUGGAGCCACUGCUCGCCCAACUCUCAGCUUUGACCAGUUGCUGCAUGAUGGACGUUGGAGCUAUGAACUUCGUGAUGGUCGUGCUGAGGCGUCAAACCCGAAUCUUCCCAGUGGUGCAGGCACACCUACUCGCCCACAUACCUACAUUGAAACUACAACCAAAACAAGACUUUUUCGGGAAACUAAAAGGGGCCACAAGGAAGGCCUGUCAAAUGAAGUGGCUGUGACUGGAGAUGGUAGGGAAAAUGGUCAAGAAUCAGGUGCUGGCUCUACCUUCAACCAGUCUGGGAUCAAACCAUUGUCAACCAGAGUCGGGAAACCAGUAGUUAAUGUCAUCCCACUUCCUCCAAGGAAACCUACAAACCACAGUCAAUCAGCUUCCCCAGCAGUGAUCCAUCGAUCUGUAGCCUCUGAAGAUAAAAGUUCUGGAGGAAGCUGGGCUACUGGUAGGCAGAGCUUAAAUAUCUCUCAGUCACCUGGAGAACAUUUUGAAAGACUGUCUGAUCAAAGUCAAGAACACCAAGAUAGCCGCUCUCACAGGGUCUCUGAAGACAGGCCUAAGUUAGACAAGAGUCAUAGUACUCCAGCAUAUGAUAUGGAUGGAGAUGUUGGGCAAGAAGGACUGUCUGCACCAUUAGCCCCUGUCAAAGUUGUCUGUCCUGCACGGUCUCCCACUGCUGCCCAAGUUGGUACACAAGUCUUGUUAGCAGCAGGGAAAGUUGGGCCACCUCCUCCCCAUCAUGCUCCUGCCAUCACCUCCAAUACUUCUACCACCACCACAACCAUCAUCACUACCACAACCACUACCACCACCACCACCUUCACUUCUACUACCACCAUCACCACUGCUCCGUGCAGCAGUGAGGCAGGCGAGGGAGGGAGGGAGGGGCAGCAGUCCACAGCAGCACCAGUGGUAAUGAGGGAGGCCCGCAGCAGCUCACCUUCCGUGUGGCGCCGUGCUAUCCUCGUCUCAGACCGUGGGAGCCGCCGCAUCUCCUGCCGAGAACUUGGGCAGGGUGAUCAUCAGGGAUGGCUGUACCGCCGUCGUGAUAACAAGGGUUUCCUCCUGCCGCACCGAUGGGAGCGCAGAUGGUUUAUCCUCAAGAAGAACUAUCUGUAUGGGUAUCGGGACAGAGAAGCAGUGCGAGCAGACUCUCUCAUAUAUUUGCCAGGAUUCCAUGUUUGUCCAGCUACAGAUGUCAAGGCGAAGAAAUAUGCCUUUAAAAUAUAUCAUUCAAGUGGUGCCACUUUCUACUUUGCUUGUGACACCAGUGAAGAACGUAGCCGCUGGAUGAGUCAGAUGGGGUUGUCUGCUAUCACUUCACACCAUCACCAGCAUCAACAACAGCAGCAACAGCAACAACAACAACAACAACAACAACAACAACAACAUCAACAACAACAACAACAACAACAACAACAACAACAACAACAACAGCAGCACCAACACUCCCACCAUCGCCACCACUUUGGGUCUCACACACAACAGCAUCAGCAACAAGGUGAAGAAGUUUACUAUAGUGAGACUGAUGAAGAAUUAGAUGACAGACCCCCUACCUCUCCUCACACCUUACAGUCUCCAUCAUCAGCCAGAAGCCCAACAGGCAGGGAUGGUAGUGGAACUUCCUUGUGGCGUGGAGGGUCAGUCAGUCCUGGCCGAAGUAGUCAGAAUCGGGGGGCACCCUUGUGUUCAUCUUUAGCAGUGCUAAAUGUGACAAAGGGCUCCAGCCUAAGAUUCUUACAACACUAUAAGGAUCCAAUGAGUCAGCCUGUUCCCACAGCAUCCUUUCGUAGUUACAGGCGUGUGGGUGAAAACAGCAGCAGAAGUACCUCAGUUGGUGACCUAAGGAAGGUCAGUAGGUCAGAUACAAGCACUGACUUGCAAAAUAAGACUGAAGAAGGUUCAAGUCGACAGGUGACUAGAAAGAACAGCCUGCGUGACCGUUUUCGUCAGCUGCACACACCUUUCACCUCUGAGCGCCGGAAACAAGCAGCUGGCCGGGGCACCCAUGAUACCCACAAGAACAGAAAGAAAUCUGCAGGAGAGCAACAGCAAGGAGACCAAAUCACAAAUAGAAGGGAAGGGGGACAGCAACAGCAUCAGAGUGAAGAAAAGACAUUGCCAACUUCCUCUGCUACCACUAAUACCACUGCUACCACCACCAUCACCAGCACCUCUGUCACAAACAUUACCAUGCCCAUUGUCACUAUAUCCAACCCUGUUCCUACCCUCACUCCCACCACCACAUCCAUAAUCACCACUACCACAGCUACUAACACCACUCCUGGAAUGCCACAAGUCAGUGCCCUUCAGAUCUCUGUCAGCCCUCAACACCAGACCACAACAGAACUUCAGGUGGGAUCAAAUGAGAGCAGUGCAGGAGUACACCGACAACGACCACGUUACAUGCUACCCACACGAGCUAGCAGUCAUUAUUCUCCUGGCCGACCAUCCUCCAUUGAUUUGGAUAGUCGUAGUGGCUCCAGCUCCAGUAAGGCCAGUAUGGGACGUUGGAGUGGAACACCACCAUCCAGUGGGCGGUGUAGCCCUUCCAAAUUUGAGGUUAGUGGACGGCGAGGCAGUAUUGGGGGAGAGUCCCCAGUUAGGUCUGGAUCACCCCGCAGAGGUUCUCUGGACUGCUUGGCUUGGCCUCAUCCACGAGCACUCUCCCCACCCACUUCGCCUAUUCACACACCCACUCGCAGCUCUCAUGGUUCUACAAGUAGUCUCCUAGCUUCAGAGGAAUAUCGAGAGGGAUCUCCAGAAAAGCUGUGGAUCAGUUCUUUGCGCACUGACACCUCCAAAACUAAGGGAGUUACUGUGCGCUGUGUUUCUGCAAGAAAAGAUGGACGCUCACGCUCUGGCUCUGGAGAUAAUAGUGCCUCUGAUCGUCUCAAACGUACUGCCUUGUAUCACCCACCCCUUCGUGGUCGUACUGACCCAAUGAAACCAGCAUUUGAAUUAGUUCUGGAUCCAUAUAGUAGGCAGAUUGUCAUUGAUUGUCACAGAGAAAAUUUAAGAUCAUCCAAGACUCCUUCAGAAGUUUCCCAGUCAGAUUCUGUUGCCCAGCCAAUGACAAUCACAUUGACAAGGAGGUCACAGCGGCAGUCUCCCAGUAGUGAUACAGGGACACCAUCUCGACCUGAGGUGCCACCUAGGACAAAAUUCCUCUCUCUGAGUGAACGAACUUUAUCACCCUCCUCUCCUCUGCCUUCCUCCCCACCUUAUUUGCCUUUAGUCUCCAGUCCUUCAAAUUCAAUGACAAUAUCCCCUACUUAUAACCACAGUAUUAGUUCCUCCCCAUCCACACACUCUACACAGCAUUCAGCACUGACUUCACCAUCUUUUAUAUCCACAAGCUCUCCAGGGGUUACUCAUACUACUACUCUAACUAAACAUGUUCCCAACCUUACCAUCAGGACCACAUCUGAGGAGACAGACCCAGUACGCACACCUCUUAAGCCUGCCAUGGGUGUGUCCAUGAUUGGGAAACAACGGAGAACUCCUGGUGUUCUGUCACCCCGAGAUGUCUUCUUCUCUUCACCCCCAUCUUCCCCAACCCUCUCUUCUGUGUCCUCCUCCAUUUCUCCUCAUCAUUCCAGCAAGAACUCGGUGCCUCCUAAACUACGCAACCAAAAGAUCCUGCCACACUAUCCAGGGAUGGAGUAUCCUCCAGUAUUUGAGCCUGGUUCAUAUUCCCUUUGUCCUGCCGACCAGACCGUGUCUUCAGCUGACCAAGGCCUAGAGGGUGGGAUUGAGGGUCGCACUAGUGUAGAGAGUCGUGUAGUUUAUACCAUGGCUCAGGUUGGGAUAUCUCAUGGUGCUCCACAUAAUAGCCACAAAUUGAUGUCAUCCCCUGAAACAUCAAGUAGAGCAGGCCAGGAGCAAAACUUGGCAUCAGCAAGAGAGUAUCAUUUGACCCAAAGAAAUAUAGAAGUUAGUUGUGGUGGUGGUGGAGGAGGAGGAGGUAGUUCUCUUAGCCCUCCAGCAUUGGCCUGCCACCAUUCUCUUCAUAUUGUAGUCACUGCUCAAACCACUCCUCAUACAUUUCACUGUGCAGAUUCUUCCCAAACCAUCAGUGUUACUGCUCCUACAUCAGGCUCCACUUCUCAUAACCACAAUACAACUACUUCCUCUCCUUCACAUUCAGUAGCAUCCCUCCACCAAAAUUUGUAUGUCACUACCCCAGUGCACCCUGUUAUCCACCAGAACAUUUCUAUGUCCCAGUCAUCAACCUUCAGCACUCCUCUAAAGAUAAGUAGUACUGGGGGAGCAGGGAAAUUAAUGUCUCAAUAUACAUUUGGUCAUUCAGGUCAAGCCAAAUCUGUCCAAGGUGUCCAAGGUCUGGAGAACCAAUCUUCACAGUCAAACAAAUCACAGAUAUCCUCCAGGUCACUUACACCUACAAAGCCAUACUUACUGGCACCUUCAGACAGUUCUCUCAGUAACAAGGAUAAAGAAGAUAUCGACAGAGAAUCAUCAGCCUAGGAGUGCUUGUGAGAACUCUUGGUGCAUGCAGAUGUUGCCUUAUUGGUGCACCUCACAUGUGUAUGUUGAGAGGAAUUAUGGUGCUUUUAUAUAGCUAUCGCUCAACAUCUUCAUUUCAGGUCAAUACAGUAAACUCCCUCGUAUACAACCUAAAAUACACAGAGAGGCUGUUAAGUACACAAGGUUUCUGGUAAUGUGAGGUGUUUUUUCAUACUUGAAUAAAGUCCUGCAACACCUAAACUGAUUCCCAUACC